AUGAUAAGGCCCUUUAUUGCCAGUCUGAAAUUGGAAGGGGAUGUGGAAUUGUCAGGAUGGAAGGAACUAGUCAGGUUCCUAACUCCCCUUGGCUCCACCUUCGCCUUCACCACAAGCAAGGCCUUCACCAAGGUGACAGCACUGGAGACUCGCGUGCAUGGCCCAGAUUCCACCCACCACACAUCACUGACAACCAUGGCAGUCUGGGAGAAGCGGGCAGGAAUGUAGGAGCUGCCAGGUAGGGUCCCCAGGGACUCGCUGGCCGGGUCUUUGGGCUCACGAAUGUUAUUGCUCUUGCUGCAGGGCGCGCUGCGCUGGUCCCAGAUCUGCCUCCACCGGGUGGCGACAAGGACGCUGGGAGGCCCGGACGCCGGCACGCAAUGCAGCGAAGCCUAUUGGACAUUCUUGACCCCAUAUCACCCCUGGCUCAUCCGUCCUCACGCCGCCCGCCUCGCUCUCCUCGCCUCCCUCCCAACUCGCGGCCGCUUGCUGGAGCUGGCGAGUCCAGGAACCAGAGGGGACGCGCGGGCUACAACGGACGGGGCCGCUGGCACCCUGGAGAAUGUCCACAACCGCAGGGGACUGGCAGCCGGACACGGACUCCUCCCGUUGGCUUGA